UGGGAGCUGGAGACCGUAUUGCAUUAAGUAUAGUAGUUUUGAUUAGGCUGCCAUUUCCAUACAUUUCCCUGCUGCUACCACUUCAUCUUCCUUCCCUUUCUCUAUCAUUAUGCUCACCUCUUUCUACAUCUCCUUCCUUCUCCCGCUUUUUAUUCUUCCCUUUACUAAUUCAGUUUAUUUUCAAUUAUCUCAGUUUAACGAGACCAACAUGUAUUAUCAAGGCGAUGCAGUGCCUUUUGGUGGACAUAUUGAAUUCAACCUUGUUGAUUAUAUAAAUCGUGUUGGUUGGGCAACCUAUCCUGAAAGGGUGCGGCUCUGGGACUCGAGUUCAGGGCAGCUUUCUGAUUUCACAUCUCAUUUCUCCUUCACCAUUAAUACCCAAGGUGCAACCAAUUAUGGUCAUGGAAUUGCUUUCUUCCUUGCUCCUGUUGGUUUUCAAAUCCCACCUAAUUCUGCUGGUGGCUUCUUAGGCCUUUUCAACACUACAACCAUGCAAUCCCCUCAGAGUCAAAUUGUUUCUGUGGAGUUUGAUUCUUUUCCAAAUUAUGGAUGGGAUCCAAAAGUUGGGCAUGUUGGGAUCAACAACAACUCUAUUAGCUCAGCUUUAUAUACACCUUGGAAUGCAAGCUUUCACAGUGGAGAUACUGCUGAGGCAUGGAUUACCUAUAAUUCUACUGAUCGAAAUUUGAGUGUGUUUUGGGAGUACCAAACAACCUCAGAUCCUCGAGAGAAUUCCAGUCUGUUUUACAUAAUCGAUCUCAGUAAGUUUUUGCCUGAGUGGGUCACUGUUGGCUUCUCAGCGGCUACAGGCUCUAAUGUAGAACAACAAAGACUUCUAUCUUGGGAGUUUAAUUCAAGUUUGAACGUUAAGGAGAUGAAAGGUAAUAAGAAUUCAAAGAAGAGCAAGAUCAAAAUUGAUGUCAUUGUUCCGGUACUUGUUCUGAUAGCUGGGGCGACUACAGCACUUGUGAUUUUGUGGAGGAGGAAACAAAUGAUGACAAGAAAAAGAGCAGCAGAGAAAAUGAACGUGACGUCGAUUAAUGAAGACCUUGAAAGAGGAGCAGGGCCAAGAAGGUUCUCUUAUGAUGAUCUAGUUUCAGCUACAAACAACUUCUCAGACCAGAGGAAGCUAGGCGAAGGGGGGUUUGGUGCUGUUUAUAGGGGAUACUUAAAUGAUAUGGACAUGGAAAUUGCAGUGAAGAAGAUUUCAAGAAGUUCUAGACAAGGUAAAAAGGAGUACAUCACCGAGGUGAAGACCAUUAGCCAGUUGAGACACCGGAAUCUGGUGCAACUCAUAGGCUGGUGCCAUGAUAAAGAUGAGUUUAUGGUGGUAUAUGAGUUCAUGUCAAAUGGCAGCCUCGAUUCUCAUCUCUUUGGCAAGAAGAAGAUGAGUCCUCUAAGUUGGGCCGUGAGAUACAAGAUAUCUCUUGGCCUGGCCUCGGCACUGCUUUAUCUUCAUGAAGAGUGGGAGCGGUGUGUUGUGCAUCGAGAUGUCAAGUCAAGUAACAUAAUGUUGGAUUCUAGUUUUAAUGUCAAGCUUGGUGACUUUGGGUUGGCAAGGUUCAUGGACCAUGAUGAACCUGGUCCCACAACAACUGGGUUAGCAGGAACUUUCGGUUACAUGGCUCCAGAAUACAUAAGCACAAGGAGGGCUAGUAAAGAGUCUGAUGUGUAUAGCUUUGGAGUGGUGGCCUUAGAGAUUGCUACUGGAAGAAAGGCAAAUGAUCUUGUUGAUCAGAAUCCUGAAAUGAGCUUGGUUGAGUGGAUUUGGGAUCUAUAUGGAUGUGGAGAUCUUAAUUUGGCUGUUGACAAGAGACUUGAUAUUAAGGAUUUUGAUGAUGAGAAACAAGCAGAGUGUUUGAUGAUUGUUGGAUUAUGGUGUGCCCAUCCCGACCACAAUUUGAGGCCAUCAAUUCGACAGGCAAUUCAUGUUUUAAAUCUUGAGGCUGCAAUACCAGAUCUGCCUCUAAAGAUGCCUGUUCCUGUGUUUCAUGUGCCUCUGCCAUUAUUUACUUCUAGCAAGCCUUCUUCCAUAACAAAUACUAGCCUCGAAGCAGGAGGGCGUUGAGUGCCCAGCAGCUUGCACUUACUGAUCGAUCGAUCACCAUAAUUUUGACGUUGUACUUCAUGUUUUUUAUAUCUAAAAUCUCAAAACCACUUAUUUCCUAGCUAAUUUUCUCAUCUUUUAAGGAUUAAUUUCAAUUCAUCUUUGAAGGACAAA